UUGUAUACGUAUUUUAGAAUAUAUACAUCGCCACCGUCCAACUCCCCAGCCUUGUCUAGAAAUCUCCAUUCCCCAGCUCAACAAAUCCAUUCAUUUGCACCUUCUCUCUCUCUCCCCUUCUCCCUCUCUCUCUCUCUAUCUAGAUUUAGUUUCACCAACAAGCUUGAGUAGAACUGAGGGUUAAGCCAUCCUUUUCUCAUAAUUUCUCCAGCUAAUCAUGGCUGUUUUGGCGGUGGGUUUGGUUUUCUUCUUAGCCUUAGCUGGCUAUUCAGAUGCAAAUUACUGUGUCUGCAACAGUGGUUUGAGUGACAGUGUUCUUCAGAAAAGUAUAGAUUAUGCUUGUGGAAAUGGGGCUGAUUGUUCAGCAAUUCAACAAAAUGGGGCUUGCUUUAACCCUAAUACUGUUAAGGAUCACUGCAGUUAUGCUGUGAAUAGCUAUUAUCAGAAGAAGGGCAAUGCCCCAAUGAGCUGUGAUUUUCAAGGGACUGCCACUGUCACUCCCAAUCCUCCCAGUGCAUCUUCUUCAUCAUGUGUUUAUCCUUCUAGUGCUAGCAAUGCCGGUGGUGCUACUCCAUCGACCACCCCUCCCGCUGGAGGAACUCCGACCACUUUCCUACCUCCAGGAGGCAACACCACUCCCACUGCAGGAGGCAGCACUUUCCCGGGCGGGACUACCACCCCAAGUGGUAUCCCUGGCUCACCCACGACUCCCGGUUUCGGCCUUGCACCGACAGGGACUGGGGUGGGAAAUGGAUUCGACAGCGCUAGUGUCAAGCUUCUAGCAUCUCAAAGCAGCACAUUCAUGCUUGCUGCAGUGAUCUUCAUAUCCACCCUCUUUUUCCCAAUGAUGUGUUGAAAAUCAUCCUUGAGUCGUGCAAGAUUUGACGGACGAGAGCCGGAGAAACGAGGCGGAUGGACCGCAAAGAAGUGAUUCUCCACUUGAGAGCUUUUUUUCUUUUUUGUGUUGUUUUCUUGAAAAAAGGAAGAGUUGGGGAAUCUGAUUCUGUGUGGGUGGAGAUGUGUGGCUGUUUUCUUUGGGUAGAAUGUGCUCUCCUCUGUUUUAUAUUUUUCUUGUGUAAAAUCUAGAUUAGGGCCUCUAAUAUGUUGCUUUUUAUGUUUGAAAUUUUGUUGAGAUUUUUAUACCCUCUAUGUUCAUAAUUAUUAUGACUACUACUAGACAGUCUUUAACUAUUUUAGUCAAUCAUGUUGUUGGUAAUCA